CACAUUGGACAAAAAAUAAAAAAAUAUCAGAGGUUGAUGACGACUUUUUCGGGGGACGAACUGUAAUCCGACACCCAAAACCGCCAACGCAACCUCCCGCUCUUCUACCAGAAACAGUUACAGACAGAAAAGAGUAAAGAAAAGUGUGAAUAAAAAAUAAAAUUAAACGAAAAAGCUUGAAGAGAACAGGUGGAAAGUGAGAGAGAGGGAGAGGAAAAUGCCGAACCCUGAAGCGGAGCGCCAUCGGGGAAGAGCUACAGUACCGGUCAGAGCUAAAAUUCCCUUGAGGCGGUUGCUGCGAGUGGCUUCGGUGGCGUGUGGGAUUCAGUUCGGUUGGGCGUUGCAGCUAUCUUUGCUUACUCCCUACGUGCAGGAGCUGGGGAUCCCUCACGCCUGGGCCAGCGUAAUAUGGCUCUGCGGCCCGCUCUCUGGCCUCUUUGUCCAGCCCCUGGUCGGCCUCAUGAGUGACCGCUGCACCAGCCGCUUUGGUCGCCGCAGACCCUUCAUCCUCGCCGGAGCAAUAUCGAUCGCCUUCGCCGUCCUCAUAAUCGGACACUCGGCAGACAUCGGCUGGUUGCUCGGCGACCGAGGCGACGUCAGGCCCAGAGCCGUGGGUGUUUUCGUAUUCGGAUUUUGGAUUCUGGAUGUGGCCAAUAAUAUGACUCAGGGUCCUUGUAGAGCUCUGCUCGCCGAUCUUACCGGAAAGGAUCAUCGAAGGACUCGAGUGGCGAAUGCAUAUUUCUCUCUGUUUAUGGCUGUUGGUAAUGUUCUUGGCUUUGCCACUGGAGCAUACAGUGGAUGGUACAAAAUUUUUACAUUUACUUUCACCUCUGCAUGCGAUGUUAAUUGUGCAAAUCUCAAGUCUGCUUUUUUAAUCGACAUUGCCUGCAUUGCAAUUACCACGUACAUAAGCAUAGCAGCUGCUCAGGAAGUGCCUCUAGGUCCAAGUGACAGAUCCACACCAUUUCUUGAAGAUGCACCAGGAACUUCGAGUCAUACUCAAGAAGCUUUUCUCUGGGAACUGUUCGGGACUAUUAGAUAUUUUUCGGGGCCUAUAUGGGUAAUUUUGCUUGUUACUGCUUUGACCUGGAUUGGGUGGUUUCCAUUUCUUCUUUUUGAUACUGAUUGGAUGGGCCGAGAGAUCUAUGGUGGCAAGCCUAAUGAGGGGCAGAAUUAUAGUACUGGAGUUAGAAUGGGUGCGCUUGGUCUGAUGUUGAAUUCAGUUGUUCUAGGAAUAACGUCGGUGCUCAUGGAGAAGCUGUCCAGGAAGUGGGGUGCUGGUUUUGUAUGGGGGAUUUCAAAUAUCCUCAUGGCUCUCUGCUUUCUUGCAAUACUAAUACUUACCUUUGUGGCAAAUAGUCAUCACUCUGAAGGCCAUGCUUUGCCUCCUAAUGGCAUUGUAAUUGCUGCACUUCUGAUUUUUGCAAUUCUUGGUGUUCCCUUGGCGAUUACUUACAGUGUUCCAUAUGCAUUGAUAUCCACACGCAUUGAGUCCUUGGGACUAGGCCAAGGAUUAUCCAUGGGUGUCCUGAAUCUGGCACUAGUGAUCCCUCAGGUGGUGGUAUCCCUGGGAGCUGGACCAUGGGAUCAGCUAUUUGGUGGUGGGAAUUCUCCGGCCUUCGCCGUGGCAGGACUUGCAGCAUUUGCUAGUGGACUUAUAGCCAUCUUAGCUAUUCCACGAUCUGGUCCUCAGAAGCCCAGAGGCUUCACAUGAGUGAUCUUUGUUUUUAGGAAAGGAUUGGAGGCUUGUGAACCGUUUGUCGUUUAUAGCUUAAUGAGAACCCAUGACUGAAUCAUGAAUUUUGUUUAUAAUGGUGAGGUCUAGGCUGGCGGCAUGGGUCCCCAUUUACAAUGGGCAUCGGUGGACAUUCUACAUACAUAAUUAACGAUGGAAAACAAGUCAUUUUUUGAAGCAGUAGUUUUUCAUACAUGCUUGAAAGCUCUCCCCAAAUGCAUGCUGUGCGAGACAAAUUUAUCUACAUUCAGUGGAGAAUUUCUUGAACAAAAAUCAAUCCCACCUUGGAGAAAUGUUGCUUUCUGGCUAAUUGCCAUGUAAAAGUAGGCGAUUUCGGCCACAGCUCUGGAUUCCAAAAUUACUCUGUACACUAAUUCAUUACCAACCAAGAUAAGUUGCCCCUUAAUUGGGAAUUAUUCCUCAUGAAAAAUGAUUUUUCUUUCUUUCAGGGAAAGGGUGAUUAUGCUUUUGUGGUUCAGUGACGUUCUUUUGGAAUCUCAUGCAUUCUGUGCAUGAAUUUGUUGUAUGGAUAUGGUGAAGUGUGCUUGGUGGCCAACAAUGAAUAUAUGAAUUAUGCUCCGAUUGAAACCUGUAUGGACAUAUAGGCUUUUAUGCUCUGAUUUUUGUUUCUUUUUUCAGUGGAAAGCUGGUGUGAUUUUUCUA